AUGAUUUCCAGGGCUGAUACAGGGGAUGUAGGGGAUGCCUGUUCUAGCCCUGAUCUGAUUUAUGUUCUGAGAAAAUCUCCAUCUAGAAGUGUCGGGUCUGGUUCAGCAAAUUCAGGUGCUUCUUCUGAUCGGCAUGAAACAGAGAGAGAUAGAGGGCGUGAGGUUGGUGUUUUGGCUUCGAAUGGGGCACAUCAAGACAAAACUAACUGCAGGAUUAUCAUGGAUCAUACUGGGGUGUCGGUGGGGAGGAUAGGGGAUCCAUCCAACCGAUACCACAACAGGAGUGGUCCUGGUAAUAGUGAGUUGCCUGUUAAUUCGCCUGAUCCUGAUUGGGAAAAGGCUUGGCCUCAACUUGGUUCUAUCUCGGUGAAUGAGAAUGUGAAGAAGAGUCUGAAGAUUGUGCCAGUACCUCUAAAGGAUCAAUCGGGAUAUUCCAUGGUUACAUCUGGGGGGAAGCAGAGAGUUAAAAAACAAAUUGAAAAAGAGAUUCGACAACAAUUAUUUGCAUCCUCAACAAAAACGGAGUUGGAAGAGUUGGAUAAUGCUUGGAGACAUUUGGAAUCUUCCAUGGGGAGAAUGUCGAAUGUGCAAUGGGGUAGCGCGAAAUCUGAUCAGAUGACACCAGGAGCGAAGGAGUUAAAAGUGCAAGAGAAUGGAUUUGAUGUUCGGUUUAACCAUUCCUGGGUUCCUAGUGGGCCGGAACCUGGGCCAGGAUGGUUCUGGAUUCCAAAAGGGAACUUGGUGAUGGAUUCCUACUUCCCGGCCCAUAGACACGAAGUCAGACGCUAUGGAUACCUAGCCAGGAAGGUUCGGCGUCUCCCACCACCAGCGCCGCUCUCACAUUCCUUCUCGAGCAUAGUGGAGACUGGGAUGGCGAAUCGUCCACCAAAGAGGAGGCAGGAAGACUGGAGGAAUGAGGAGUGGAUGGAGGAGGAUGAUUUGUUGCAGGAAGAUUUCAGAUACGAACAAGAUCUGAGACGCCAACUGAUGAGGGAUUCGAGGAAUCCAGGAGACAACAAGGGGAGGAAGCAAGAAGGUACUUAUUCGAGGGCCCUAAUCCCUAGUAAUCUUGAUCAAGACAGGGUGGCUCGUGGCAAAAUCUUUGUGGGUGGCAGGGGUGAAGGCUACCAUGGUCAGGGUCAGCAAGGGGGCAGAUUCCAGAGUCAAAAACAGGGACUGCAGAGUGGCUGGUCUCAAGGGGUUACCCAGCAAGGUAGUCGGAAUCAGAAUACUGGGGUGCGUGUGGGUGGUAAAGGGGGUGAAAUUCAUGUGGAUCAGCGGGCUGGACAUGGAGUGGGCAAGGAUGGAGAUCUGGAACGUGGCAACAACAAAGGUAAUCGAGCUCCUAAUCAGGAUAUCAAGUGUUUUCGGUGUUUGGGUUCUGGGCAUUUUCAAGUGGACUGUACAAAUGAUCCAGUCUGCUACAAAUGUAAAGAAGUGGGGCACAUGGCGAUGGAUUGCAAGAAGUUUGAAUUCAAGAAAAUCAAGAUGUUUGGUUUUGGGGUACCAGGACAGGGGUUUUACACUAUGAACUUCCCUGAGGAUAGGAUCAAAACUCACCAGAAUACUGGACUACUUACCAUACUGGCUGGGGAUGCUACUGAGGAAAAGGUUGACAGGGAACUGAAAAACCUGGUGAAAGAGGAAUGGGAUUUCAAGGUCAAACAGAUUCAUAUUCAAGAAUAUCUAGUGGUGUUCCCAGACAAGCUAUCCUUGGAAACUUUUUCUAAGCUAUCUGAGUUCCAAAUGUCAGUAUUUGGCCUCAAAGGUAAAUUGGAAAAAACUGCAAGGGAACAUGAUACUUCUUCUAUCCUGCAAGUAGUUUGGGUGAAGAUCCAUGGAGUUCCAGAGUUGGCUAGAGAUGUGGAAUCCAUCAAGGAGAUUGCCAGCCUGGUGAUUGAACCAUUAGUAGUGGAUGAACUGAGCAUUAUCAAAGAGGACACCAUCAGGGUGCAGGGGAGAUGCAGAAAUCCAGGAGCUAUCAAAGGAGCAGUAGAAAUAUUUUUCAAUGGCAUUGGCAGGCUUAUCAAGUUUGAAGUGGAAGGCAGUAGUCAGGGGUCCAGGAAAGGGGGAAAAGGAGAUCCUUCAGGGGCAGACAGGCCUGAGGAUAAAAAUGAUAAGGAUAGGGACAAACACUACAAGGAAGGUCAUGCUAAGAAAAGUCUGAGCAAAUUUGACAGAAUGGGUCAAAUUGAUAAAGAGAUGGAUACCAAUCGGGAUGAUUCUAUGGAGGAAGAAAUGGAGGGGAUGAGUGGUUCUUAUGGGACAGAUGGGGGAUUUGUUGAAUCCAUGGCGACCCCACUGGCUGUGUUUUGCCCAGGAGUUGGGCUGGUAGAUCUACAGGAAGAUGAGACUCAGUCUAAGGGAGGGAAAACACCUGAUAUGCCUAUGAUCAUGAGUCCAGAUAUGGUUUUGGACUGCAAUGCAGUUAAAAACUGCCCUGAGAACACCAGUGGUAAAAGUCAUGAUAUGACAGAGGCUUCAAGUGUCUUAAAGCAUUCUGAUACCCAAAUCUUGGUUCAUGGAAAAGAUGGGAAUUAUGUGAUGGAUAAGUGUAAGUGGCCUAAGUUGAACCUGCCAAAUGAGAAGGAGUUUCAAGCAAAUGAAGAGAUGGAAAGUCUUACCCAAGAGGAAUCCAUUAUUUCACAUGUUCCAAAUAUGAAUAUGCCUGAAAGUCAGUCUAGGCUGGAGAUAAGUGCUAAAGGGAAUCUGUGUGCAGAGGAUCUAAUGGACAAUGAAGUAUUCUUUGAGAAGAACAUUGAAGGGGAUGAUUCUGAGUGGCAAGCUCCUAGACCCAGAAAAGUUAAGAAGCCCAAGAAGGUGGUAAUGGCGACAAGGACAAGCUCUAGGAUUCCAAGGGAUGGGAUUCCAAUUGCUGCAAAAGCGACGCAAAGGGCUAUGGAGAGAAACACAAUUACAGGUACCAGCAGUAACUCCUUUACUAUUUUGAAUAAUUGCCCAAAUUCUGUUUUGCAAAAUGUCAUAUCUGAUUUGGAUUUAGAGAUAGAAAAUGUUGAUGAAUGCUUAGAUGCUUUUAAGGCUGAGGAGAUAGCAAGAGCCAAAAUAGCAGAAGCAAAAUAUAAUAGUUUUUUAGAAAAGGAGAAACAGAAAACUGCUCCUAAAUCAGUGGAUGAGGAACAGGAAUUCACUAUGGGAGUGAUUUCCAACAUCCAAAGAGAGUUCAACCCAGACUCCCUUGGGGGGAGGGAUAAUGGAUUGAAACUCAGUAAAUUAAAAGAUGGUCAACCUGUAGAUAAUCCAAAAUGAAAGUCAUGUUUUGGAAUGUAAGAGGGCUUGGUAGAGGGAGUAGAAGAUCUUUAGUCAGGAAUCACAUUAUUUCAGAUAAUUUGGAAGUUGUGGCUCUUCAGGAGACCAUUAAGCAAAACUUUGAGGAUUGGGAGCUUAGGGAACUUGCUGGCAACCAGAGUUUUUCCUGGUGCUGGUCACCUUCCAAAGGACAUUCAGGGGGCAUGAUGAUAGGUAUUAGAUCUGACUCUUUAGAAGUGGAAGAUCACAUUUAUGAGGCUUAUUUUAUGGGCGUUCUGGUUAGAAACAGAGUUACUAAUCAUAGAUUCUGGAUCAUUAAUGUGUAUGGGCCUGCUCAGCAUAACUACUCUAGUAGUUUUCUUCAGGAUCUUUCUUCUUUUUGCUCUACUCUCAGCUUACCUGUGUUGAUGGGGGGAGAUUUCAAUUUAAUUAGGAACAAUAAUGAAAGGAAUCAGGGAGUAGGGGAUCAAAAGCUUAUGGAUCUGUUUAAUGAAUUCAUUGGAUCUUUUCAACUAAGGGAAAUUUUUUGUAAUGGCAGUCGGUUUACCUGGUCCAAUAAACAGAAAAAUCCUAUUUUAGUAAAACUAGAUAGAAUUCUUGCUUCCACAAGUUGGGAAUUACACUAUCCUACUUGUUUUGCUUGGGUGAAACCUAGAGUAGGCUCUGAUCAUUGUCCUCUAGUUCUUAACACUGGAGAAGAAGGGGAGAAAAGGCCUCGUUAUUUUUUCUUUGACGAACAGUGGAUUAAAAGAGAGGGCUUUUCUAAAAUGAUUCAGGAUAGAUGGUUGUUCUUUAAAGAAGACCAUAACUACUCUCUGGAUAGAUGGCAAGGGUGUCUUCAAUCCUUGAGAAAGUAUUUGAGAGGGUGGAAUUUACAGCUUAUUGGGGAACAAAAAAGAGAGAAAGCUAAUAUGACACAAAGAAUUCAAGAAUUAGAUAAGAUAGCGGAAUCGAGGUUAUUAACCAUUCAGGAAUGGGAGGAAAGGAUUGAGGUGGAAAACUCUCUGGAAAGGGUCCAUAGGAGUGAGGAACUUUAUUGGAAGCAAAAGGCUGGAAAUAAAUGGUUAUUGGAAGGGGAUGCCAAUACCCUUUUUUUCCACCAAUGUGCUAAUGGAAGAAGGAGGAAAAAUAUGAUUUCUUUUUUGGAAUCUGAUCAUGGGGAAAUAAGGGGGCAAAAGGAGAUCAUUGAACAUAUAGUUCUCUUCUAUAAAAAUCUCUUUGGUCCAAGUGGUGAGUGCUCUAUCACGUUAAAUAAUGAUUUCUGGCCUUUAGAGAGGAAGCUAAGGGAGGAGGAGAAGAUGGACCUUGUAAAACUUUUUGAGAUAGAGGAGAUUAAGGGUGCCAUUAUGGAUAUGAA